AUGAACAAAGUAGAGAUAAAAACGUUGAAUCUUUUCGUUAUUUGCUUCACCCUUCCGCCGCUCGCUGCCACCAUCGCCGCCGCCACCGCCACCGCCACCGCCACGACGUCAUCGGUUAUCAGCUCCGACUAUAGAGUACACACCCACACAUUUAGUUUUCUUCUCUGCCUUGCUUCGAAACUCCAAAUUCUACACUUACAGAAUCUUAUGAUCCAACGCCAUGCUCACACUUAA